AUGUUUUCGGUUACUGAAACUACUAAAGGUAAACAAUGUUUAUUAUUUGAUGAAUAUCGUUAUCAUCGUGAACGAAUUCGUAAUACUACUACUUAUUGGCGGUGUGAACGUAUUGGUGAUUGUCGUGGACGUGUUAUCCAAAGAGGUGAUGAUUUACCUAUUGUCACAUCACCACACAAUCAUGAUCCGGACAAAAUACGAAAUGAAAUCGAACAAUUUAAAACAGGCCUGAAAAAAAGUAUACGUGAAACACAAACACCUAUCAAAAAAAUAUAUCGUUCUGAACUUAUUAAACGAUAUUCAAGUAGUCCGGAUGAUGUUUGUGAAUUACCUAUGUAUCAUCAAAUAAAAAAUUCUUUAUACCGGACAAAGAAUGAAAAUUAUCCAAGUGUUCCAGAAUCUAUUAAUGAAUUUGUUCUUGAAGGUAAAUGGCGUAUGUCAUUAGACAACCAGGAUUUUAUUAUUAUCGACCACCAUAAUCCUCGAUUCAUUACUUUUGGUACAGCACAAUCAUUACAAGAUUUAUGUGCAGCUGACCAUUUGUUCAUGGAUGGAACUUUCAAAUCAUGCCCAUCAGUAUUCGGCCAACUAUAUACCAUUCAUAUUGAUUCAUCUGCUUCGAAUGUUUUAAAUCCAAAAUUCAUUACGAUUGACUUCGAGAAAGGUGCAAUUGCAGCUCUAAAAAAUGUAUUUCCUAAUUCAAAAAUUAAAGGUUGUAAUUUCUACUACAACCAAUGUAUUUUCAGAAAAAUUCAAGAAAUUGGACUACAACAAGAUUAUUAUAAUUCAUCGAACGAUGAUCCAACCAGUGUAAAACGUUUAGUACAAGGAACUGGAGCUUUAGCUUUUAUGCCUAUUCAAGAGGUCAAUGAAUUAUGGUGCAAAAUUAUGGAUAAAUUUGAACAUAUACCACGUUCACAAGAUUUCUUUGAUUAUUUUACUGAAACAUGGAUUAAAAAUGGAUGUUUAUUUCCAAGAUGUCUAUGGAAUUAUUACAAAUUCAAUGGUGCCAGAACUAAUAAUGGUUGUGAAGGAUGGCAUCAUCGACUUAAUUCAAAUAUUAACAGUUCGAAUCCAAAUUUAUAUCAAGUUAUUGAUGAAUUAAAACGAGAUUAUGCCUUCAACAUGGCCACAAUCAAACAACUUACUAGUAGUACAAGCAAACCUCGACGAAAUCCAAAAUUUGUUCAUCGAAACCAACGAAUUAUUGAUUUGAUGAACCGUUAUGAAGAAGGUCGUUUGCCAUUAACUGAAUAUUUCGAUAAAAUUAGUCAAACGAUUGGUAAAAAAUCACAAUAA